CGGAAGUGAUGCACGGGGAAGCCCACGUGUGCGCUUCCAUCCCACAUGGCGGUGCUCCUGAAGAGGUUGCUGCAGUCGGCGAGGCACCCUGCGGCCUCGGGCCGGCCCACGGGACGGCGCGAGGCCAGCCUGGGCACUGAUCCCGGGGCUGUGGUGCGAGUGCGGUUCGCCCCCAGUCCCACAGGCUUUUUGCACCUGGGUGGCCUCCGCACUGCCUUGUACAACUAUAUUUUUGCCAAGAAGCACCAGGGGAGUUUCAUCCUUAGGCUGGAGGACACGGAUCAGACCCGCCUUGUGCCUGGGGCAGUGGAGAAUAUUGAGGACAUGCUGGAGUGGGCAGGCAUCCCGCCUGAUGAGAGUCCCCGCCGGGGAGGUCCUGUUGGGCCCUACCAGCAGUCCCAGCGUCUCGAGCUAUACGCCCGGGCCACAGAAGCGCUGCUGGAGUCCGGCGCCGCUUACCCCUGCUUCUGUUCACCGCAGCGGCUGGAGCUCCUGAAGAAGGAGGCCCUAAGGAACCACCAGACGCCCCGGUAUGACAACAGGUGCCGGAACCUGAGCCAGGGGCAGGUGGCCCAGAAGCUAGCCCAAGGCCCCAAACCUGCAAUCCGCUUCCGCCUGGAGGGGGAAGCACCAGCCUUCCAGGACCUGGUGUACGGCUGGAAUCGGCAUGAGGUGGCAAAUGUGGAGGGGGACCCAGUCAUCCUGAAAAGCGAUGGCUUCCCCACGUAUCAUCUGGCCUGCGUGGUGGACGACCACCACAUGGGCAUCAGCCACGUGCUGCGUGGGUCCGAGUGGCUGGUCUCCACCUCCAAGCAUCUGCUUCUCUACCAGGCCCUGGGCUGGCAGCCUCCUCACUUUGCCCACUUGCCCCUGCUGCUCAACAGGGAUGGCAGCAAGCUGUCCAAGAGGCAGGGGGACAUUUUCCUGGAGCAUUUUGCGGCCGCCGACUUCCUGCCGGAUGCCUUACUUGAUAUCAUCACCAACUGUGGCUCAGGGUUUGCAGAGAACCAGAUGGGCAGGACCUUGCCGGAGUUGAUAACACAGUUUGACCUGACCCGAGUCACCUGCCACUCAGCCCUGUUGGACCUGGAGAAGCUUCCCGAAUUCAACAGGCUGCACCUCUGUCGGCUGGUGAGCAGCGAGACCCAGAGGCGCCAGCUGGUGGGGAAGCUGCAGGCCCUGGUGGAGGAGACGUUCGGGGACCAGAUUCAGGACAGGGAGGUCCUGGCCCCAGCCUACGUGGAAAGGAUCAUCCUGCUGAGACAGGGUCACAUUUGCCGCCUGCAGGAUCUGGUCUCGCCAGCAUACUCCUACCUGUGGACUCGCCCUGCAGUGGGCCGAGCACAGCUGGGCGCCCUCUCAGAGAAGGUGGAUGUGAUUGCCAAGCGUGUGCUGGGGCUUUUAGAAGGACCCGAUACAAGCUUUACUCAGGACAUGCUGAAUAGCAAACUGAAGAAGGUAUCCGAAGGCCUGGAAGGGACCAAACACAGUACUGUGAUGCGGGUCCUCCGAGUGGCCCUCAGCGGGCAGCUGCAAGGACCCCCUGUAGCCGAGAUGAUGGUGUCCUUGGGAAUGAGGGAAGUGCGGGAGCGAAUACAGAAGGUGCUUUCCAGCUAGAGAGAAGAUGUGCAGGAGAGUGGAGACGGCCCUAGGAACCUGGGCGGGCCUGGAAACCGCCUUCAGAGGGAAGCUCGUGGAAGGAACCCCGAGUGGAAACAGUCUCCGAGUGCACACCCGCUGCUUCUAUGGCCUCUUCUCAUCUCAUGUCUGGUCUGGACGGCACGUUAACAUGGCGCCGGUUAGGGGCAGGUUCACACUUGGCUCAGGCUGCCAGACAAGUGCCUUAAACAACAGAAAAUGGUUUUCUCACAGUUCUGGAGUCUGGAAGUCCAAGGUCAAGGUGUCAGCAGGUGGGGCUUCCCAUAAGUCUCUCUCCUUGGCUUGCCCACGGCCACCUCUCUGGGUCCUCACGGGGUCUCUCUGGGUGUUCACAUCUCCCCUUAAAGGGACGUGGGUCAGGUUGGAGUGAGGCCCAUCCUGGUGGCCUAGCUGUAACUUAAACCCCAACUUUAGGGGUCCUGUCUCCACAUCCAGUCAUGUCCUGAGGUCCUGGGGGUUAGGGUGUCAGCAUGUGAGUGUUGAGGGGAUGCAGGUCGGCCCUUAACAGUGUGGCAGCUUCCUGGACAUUGGAUCUCGGUUCUCGGGGCCUAUUGGGAUGUGGAGCAGGGCAGGGUGGCUGGUGCAUGCAGGGCUGAACUGGGUGGCAGACCCUCUGGGGCGUGGGAGAGGAGAAGUGACCGUCUGACGAGGGUGAGCACUGCGUUUUCUACUGCUCUUUGGCCUUGCACGGGGGCGUCCUGUCUCUCCUUCUCUAAAGGUCAUCCCUUUCUCGCCUCAGUUCUCUAGGACUUGUCCUUGGGCUGAAGACCUUCACCCUGCCUCUUUCACACCUUUUUCUUCAUGUCUACCUCUUCCUUCUGCCCAUUUUUGUAAGUCUUCAUAUACAGGUUUCUGAAAUAAGAUGUUCUUUUUAUUUAUUUAUUUAAGUGAUUUCUAUGCCCCAAAUGAGGCUCAAAUUUACAACCCCAAGGUCAAGAGUCACAUGCUCUUCCAGCUGAGCCAGCCAGGCACCCACCCCUGAAGUAGAUGUUCAUACUGGGGUAAAUAGAAAUGGAAGGAAGAUGAUGGCUGUGUAUAAAGACCGUACUGGAAAAAGAAUAAAUAAAAUAACAAUUUUUUUAAAGAUUUUAUUUAUUUAUUUGACAGACAGAGGUCACAAAUAGGCAGAGAGAGAGGAGGAAGCAGGCUCCCUGCUGAGCAGAGAGCUUGAUGCAGGGCUCCAUCCCAGGACUCUGGGAUCAUGACCUAAGCUGAAGGCAGAGGCUUUAACCCACUGAGCCACCCAGGUGCUCCAAAUAACAAUUUUUUUAAAAGACCCUACUGGGGCUUCUGUAGAGUUUCCCCAUGUGGCAGCCAGCCUCCAAGUGAGAAACACGGUCGCCCAUCCCCAUUUAGUUUCCACAACUCUGUAAGAGAGGUAUUCUUAUUUGUGUUAUAAGUAGGGAAACUGAGGCUCAGAGGAGUUAAUGAACUGUCCCGAGGUGGUAAUGUGAGGCAAAACAAGGAUUUAAACUCAGACUUAGGACAACCCGGGGUCAAGUUCAACUCUUAACUGCAGAGUGACAUCAGAGCCUCUGCUUCUACAACACAAAGCACAGUUACAAGAAACUGGCUCAUGAGUUGGUAAAGCUGCUGCCACUUCCUCAGUUGGAGGGAGCUGUCUACAAGUGGCAUGUGUCUUCAGAUGGGGGGGGGUUGCCCAGUAUUGUGGGUGUGUGUGAGGGACUCCACACAUUGGAAAUAACCUCAAGUCCGUCACCCUGUGCUUCUGAGAGCAUAGUGAAGUGGUAAAGGCCAUGGAGGCCAAUUACUAGAUCCAAAAGCCAGUUCUACCACCUACUCACCAUGUGAUUUCUGUCCCUCAGUUUCCUCAUCUGUAAAAUGGGGCUGGUAAGUUUUCCUUUCUCAAAGAGUUGUAAGGAUAAAAAUAGAUGCUAUAUGGAAAGUUCUUAAAACUGCCUGGCACUAGGGGAGCCUGAGCUCAGUCGUUAAGCAUCUUCCUUCAGCUCAGGUCCUGAUCCCAGGGUGCUGGCAUCGAGCCCCGCUUUGGGCUAUCUGCUCAGCAGGGAGCCUGCUUCUCUUUCUGCCUACCUGCCUCUCUGCCUACUUUUGAUCUUUCCCUCUGUCAAACAGAUAAAUAAAAUCUUUAAAAAAAAAAAAAAAAAAAAACUGCCUGGCACUUAACCAAUGUUAUCUAUUACCAUCAUCACCACCAGUAUUUUCAUUCUUAGAAAGGGCAGUCUUGUUUGCAAAGCAUAGAAACAGACUAACUUUAAAAUAUAUAUAUAUAUAUUUAUUUAUUUAUUUGAGAGAGAGAAGGAGCAGGGGGUGGGGCAGAGGGAGAGGGAGAAGCAGCACCCCGCUGAGCUAGAAGCCCAACACAGGCCUUGAUCCCAGGACCCAGAGAUCUAACCUGAGCUGAAGGCAGAUGCCACGCAGGCUCCCCUCCCCCUAAACUAACUUGAACUGCAAAAGGAAGAGAGAGUUAGGACUCUCAGAGAUCUAAACAGGAGGACUUCCAGCUAGACCUUUCAAGAGAUGAAAUCUGUACCUGCCAACCUGCUGGGACCCAAGAAGCUCACUUCUGUCCCUCUGAGACCACAGUUUCUAACCUUCAGCUGGGUCCACUCCACUCAUCUUCCCUCUGCAGGCCGGCUUUCUCUUUCUCUCUGUACUUGGCCAGCAACUGCCCCAGCACUAAAGCCGAAUUCUCUCUUAUCCUACAUUCCCAGUUAGAUAACUAGCAUUCCAUGUCCAGAUUCCCAGGAGGAAUCUCAUGGGCCUCUUUAGGGUCAGCUCUCUACGCACGGUUCAGUCAACUGUGACCAGUGGGACAGUCCCACAAUAGCACCGUGGCUGCAGGAGGGCCCACCGUACUGAGUAGGGAGACUGGUUCCUUCCCCUCAGCACAUUCUCUGUGUCACUCAGGAUCUUUUCUAGAAAAUGAUCGUUCUGUAACCACAUUUGGAAUUUCAUUCCCAUUGCCUUUAUCCUACUUUGUUUCUACAUAAUACUUAUUCCUAUACGAAAUUAUAUAGUAUACUUGAAUGUGUUUACUGCCUCCCUUGCUCUAAAGAACAUAAGAUUAAGACGGGCAGGCAGUCUGUCUCGUUCUUGGUUAUAACCAUAGUGCCUGGCCUAUUGCCUGACACACAGUAGGGAAUCAAGUGAAGAUCUUAUAGGAAAAAUAAGGGCCCCAUCAGUCAGAACAGUGGGUUCUUAGAAGUGGCAGUAAUCUUCUGGUCUAACUGCCAAAUUCUAAUAGUUUCCCAACAUCACUGCAAGAUUUGCAAUUGUGGUUAGCAGGCUGGUCUGUGGCCUGUAAUUUGCUUUGAAUCCAGCUCUCUGUGAGGCAUAGCCUUUUUUCUUUUUUCUUUUUCUUUUUUUUUUUUUUUAAGAUUUUAUUUCUAAGUAAUCUCUAUACCCUACAUGGUGCCUGGACCCACAGCCACAAGAUUAAGAGUCACAUGCUCUCCUGACUAAGCCAGCCAGGCGUCCCUCUAUGAGACAGACUUUGGACAAAGACUCUGAAGUGAAGGGUGGGGACAAAUGGAAGUCGCCUAUUCAUCAGCUAAUAUAUUCGUCAUACGACAAAACUGCUACCUUCCCAGGGACCGAGAGUGUUGAAUACUUAGACAGUGAGUACCCUCUAGCUGAUAGCAGGGUCCAGAGAGGGAGGCUUUUAUUUAUUUAUUUAUUUAUAAAGAUUUUAUUUAUUUAUUUGACAGCAGAAAUCACAAGUAGGCAGACAGGCAGGGGCGGGGGGCAGCAGGCUCCCCGAUGAGCAGAGAGCUCAAUGUGGGGCUCAAUCCCAGGACCCUGGGAUCAUGACUGGAGCAAAAGCAGAGGCCUCAAUCCACUGAGCCACCCAGGCACCCCAUUUUUUUUUUUAAGAUUUUAUUUAUUUAUUUGAUCAUAAGUAGGCAGGCAGAGAGAGAAAGAGGGAAGCAGGCUCCCCACCGAGCAGAGAACUGGAUGUGGAACUUGAUCCCAGGACCCUGAGAUCAUGACAUGAACUGAAGGCAGAGGCUUAACCCUCUGAGCCACCCAGGCACCCCCAGAGGGAGGCUUUUAGUAAGUUCAGGGGUACCAGAAGCUUUAUAGAUGAAGUGACCUUUGAACAAGGUUCUAAGGGGUGAGUAGGAGUUUCCCAGGUCUCUGGGUGUUGGAAGGGUAUUCCGAGUAAAAGGAGGAAAGGAGAACUUCACAAAGAUGAGCAUGGUUGGAAGUAAGAGUAGGAGUUGAAGGGGUGUAGAAAGUGGCUGAGAAACCAGGCAGAGGGAAAUUCCAAAUGGCCCUUUUUUUUUCCUUUAAGAUUUUUCUUUAUUCGACAGAGAAAGAGCAUGUGCAGGAGGGGCAGAGGGGGAAGCAGGCUCCCCGCUGAGCAGAGACCACCCCACCCCCCACCCCCCAGUGGGGGUCUCAAUCCCAGGCCCCUGGGAUCAUGACCUGAGUUGAAGGCAGACACUUAACUGACCAAGCCACCCAGGCGCCCCCCAAAAUGGCCCUUCUUUGCCAGGUUAAGGGUAUCAGGGUACACCAUCUGAUGGAAAUAGCAACAAAAACAACUGGGAUUCAAACCAGCUUAAAAUAAAAUCUAGUAUUUCAUGUAACAGGAAGUUCAGGAGGUAAGGCAGGCUCUAGGGUUGGUUAAUUUAACGUUCAGUGACGUCCGUAAGGACCCCAGGUCUCUGCGUUUCCAUCUCUGCUGUAUUGGCCCCAGCCAAUAGCCUUGGGUUGGUUUCCUGUGCUGACAAUUGGCUCGCCUUAAGAGCUUGGGCCUCUCUGCACUUCCUCCUUCGUGUGCUGUCAGAGAUGAUGGCUUUCUGCAGCUCUCCCUAAAUGCAAAGGAACUUUUCUCCAAGCACCCUUUACUGCUUUACUUCCCCAUUCUUGAACUUCUGGGGAAGGAGAGGAAAGCAUCUGCAUAGGUCGGUCAGACCCAGAGCUGGGGGCAGGGCAAGCUCUUCCCUGAGGUACACAGCUGGGUUGGGGAGCCCUGGGCACUUGAACACAGUGCGGGUUCUCUUAGUGAAGACAUGAGUUAACUCUUCGGGAGAUGGAAGGUGAGGAGCCUUUGAAAUGUUUUGAGCGAGGAGGCGACAUGAUCGGAUUAUUUGAAAGCUCCUCCUGAGAGCUUUGCUGCUGCGAGAUGUGAGCGGAAGCAGACCAGAAGCAGGGAGCCCUGGUAGGAGAUGAUGGGGAAAGGAGGCUCGAAGGAGGGCUGUGGUCGGGUGAAGCCGCGCUUCCUCAUCACAGCCUGACCCUGCUCUGUCUCCCCAGCUGCCCUUCACGCCUCACAGCCCCUCACAUGCCCUCUUGUCUGGCUCCAACCACAGAAGCCUUCCCGAGGUCCCCAGUCACAUCUCCUUCCUGCCUUCGUACUGCUGUUCUCUGCGGCUGGAAGACCUGUCUCCCCGCUCUUCUCUGGCUGUGCCCGGUCACCUCCGACUUCUUCCCAGGAGGUCUUCCUGUUGUCUUUCUUCAGCAGCACCUUCUUCCUUUCCAAAGCACACAACUGUUAUGGGUUCCGUGACUGGUCGGCUAUGUAAGGAGUCCCGCGGUGAUUUGCUGGUGUCAGGAAGGUCCAGAAGGACGAGGCUUCCUACCUUCACCAUUGUACCCCUGGUGGUGAGAGUAGCUCUGCUUCACACGGUGGCUGCCCAGAGACACUGUUGAGUCACAGACCAGAUCCACCUCUGAUUGGAUCAGAUGGUCAGGGUGAGCAGUCACGUGCACGGGUGCUGGCUUCCCUGAGGUCCCUAUGUUUAGCGAGAAUGCUGCAGUGUCCAGGAACUUCACAUCACUGGGGGUAACUAUCAUUAGUGAGUCACCGGAUAUGAAUGUGUUGUUUUUUUUUUAAUUUGGAAGGCAAUACAAGUUUGUCUUGGCGCUGUGCUCAUUAUCAUGGCCUGGGGGAUCUCCAACUUAUCCUUUAUAGCUGGGCCGAAUGUUAGGGUCAUGGCCUUUUCCUCUAGGCCAGAACCCCCUCAACUCUGCCCCCUCCCACCACUUCCCCAAUCCUGAUGGCAGUAGGACAGCCCAGCCAGAGAGGGGAGGCUUUCAUCACCUGUAGAACACCUCUGAACCGAGUCCAUUCAGUUCGAGCUUUAUUCAUUCAUUUGACAAAUACCUGUUGUGUGCCAGGCCCUCUGAUGCCUGGGGAUGUGGAGAGGAAUAAUAAAGGCUCAUUAAUUAUAGACGCUCAGGGGUGCCUGAGGGGCUCAGUCUGUUAAGCAUCUGCCUUCUGCUCAGGUCGUGAUCCUCACAUCGGGCUCCCUGCUCAGUGAGGAGUCUGCUUCUCCUCCUCCCCCCUCCCUCUGUCCCUCCCCCGGUCCUGUGCCCGUGUUCUCUCUCACUUACUCUCUCAAAUAAAUAAAAUCUUUAGGGGCACCUGGGUGGCUCAGUGGAUUAAGCCGCUGCCUUUGGCUCAGGUCAUGAUCUCAGGGUCCUGGGAUCGAGUCCCACAUCGGGCUCUCUGCUCAGCAGGGAGCCUGCUUCCCUUCCUCUCUCUCUGCCUGCCUCUCUGCCUACUUGCGAUCCCUCUUUCUGUCAAAUAAAUAAAUAAAUCUUAAAAACUAA